AUGUGUUUAAUCACACCUAGAGCUGUACGAAGAUGCUUUAAAAGCCGUUAUCAUUGUAAACGUGAUUUAUUUAUUGUCUGUUUCAUGAUUCUUAUUGUCAUAUUGUCAUUAAGUGUAGAUUUGGAACAAUUAUAUUCAUUUAUCCAAAAUCAUCAGUCAUCAUUAUCAUUGUUACUCUUUUCGUCAUUCAAUACACCAAUAGCCAAUCGUCUACUCAUCCUAGUUCGUACAUCACAUCAUUGUGAAUCACGUCUAAAAUAUUUGUUAAAAACUUGGAUACCACCAUUAAAACGCAAUCAACAAAAAAGUAAUAUAUUUCUGUUAACCGAUCAAUAUAUUAAAAAUUCAUCGUAUGAUAAAUUUGAAAAUGUUAUUCUAACCGAUUGUCCUCAAAAACAUAAAAUAUUCGAUCUUUGCUGUAAAACGGCAGAUGAAUUUCAAUUGUAUCAUAAUUUAACAAAAAAUGGGGCUAAAUUUGAUUGGAUGUGUCGAUUUGAUGAUGAUCAAUAUGUUAAUUUGGAUAAUUUAUAUUCCUAUUUAACCAAAUUAAAUAGUUCCAUACCGUAUUAUAUUGGUCGUACAAGUAAAUAUUCGAUUAAAAUUCCUGAUAAUAACCAAACAGUUCAUUUUGCUACAUAUGGUGCUGGUGUUUGUUAUUCCAAAGUACUACUAAGUAAAUUACAAAAUUACAUUAAUAAAUCCAUAACACCCGAUGAUUGUAUAAAAACUCGUUUUGCAGAUGAUGCCUAUUUGGGCUAUACUAUUGCAUAUAAACUUAAUACAUCAUUGACGAUCAAUAAGCAAUUACAUUCACAUUUGGAACGUUUACAAAUUUCAUUUCAUCGUUUAACAUUAGAAAAUUUAUUAGAAGCAAUUACAUUUGGAUUUUCUUGGGAUCGUUAUCAACUAAAAUGGAUGCCAGUUAUUCAUGAAAUUAUUCAGUUAUCAAGAAAACAUCAAAAGGAUCAAGAUUCAUUAAUGUUAUUAUGGAAUUUUGUGAGAGAUUAUGAAAAAACACAUCCAGAAAAUAUAACGGGAAAAGUUGAUGAUUCCUGUACAUCUUAUCAUAAAGAAAAAAAUGUUUCAGUUGCUAACAUGCCAAAUAAAGCAAUUCUAUUGACUACGAAACAUAUUAAAAUUUGA